CGUUUGCGUUAGCGUCGCGUGCGCCAUCUAGUGAUUGCUUCAAUGUGUUGCGUUGGUUGCAGGCCGCCGAUUGACUGGACUGUGACUAUGAAGAGGACCAGGUUACUGCUGGUGCUCGCGACGCUCCUAAUAAAGGAUGCAACAUGCGAACCACCCAUCGACUCAGCCUCGCUACCGCUGGAACACAGAGGCAGCGCGUAUGGUCCACCGCUUCCUGCUGCACACACAGACGACCCCUGGCCGCUCGCUACACCAGACAGUCCAAAAAUUAAACAUCUACAAGUACAAUGUGAAAAAACUCAUAUGCGGGUUAAUAUUGAAUUCGAUCGACCAUUCUAUGGGAUGAUAUUUUCGAAGGGUUUCUACAGUGAUCCUCACUGCAUGCAUCUAAAACCUGGAACAGGACACUUGAGCGCAACAUUCGAAAUAUUCCUGAAUAGCUGCGGUAUGACUAGUUCCGGUAAUCACAAUGUUGCAGCGUAUGGCAGCCCCACACCCAGUGGUUCAUAUGUAGAAAACACAAUCAUUGUCCAAUACGACCCAUACGUUCAAGAGGUGUGGGAUCAGGCGCGUAAACUGAGGUGCACGUGGUACGACUUUUACGAAAAAGCAGUAACGUUCAGACCCUUCCAAGUGGAUAUGCUACACGCCGUGACGGCUAACUUUCUCGGGGAUAACUUACAAUGCUGGAUGCAGAUACAAGUAGGUAAAGGACCUUGGGCAUCAGAAGUAUCGGGAAUAGUGAAAAUAGGACAGACUAUGACAAUGGUUCUCGCGAUUAAAGAUGACGAAAACAAAUUUGACAUGCUUGUAAGAAAUUGUGUAGCCCAUGAUGGAAAACGAGCACCUAUUCAACUGGUCGAUCAAUAUGGAUGCGUCGUAAGACCUAAAAUUAUGAGCAAAUUCCAAAAAAUUAAGAACUUCGGUCAAUCCGCCUCCGUCGUUUCGUUUGCUUAUUUCCAAGCAUUCAAAUUCCCUGAUUCUAUGAACGUACAUUUCCAAUGUGUAAUUCAAGUUUGUCGGUAUAAUUGCCCAGAACCAAAAUGCGGUGGCCUGGGAGGAGAGUACGGAGUACCAUUAUUAGGUGGAAAUGCUCUGAGUGCAGGAGAGUAUGGUUUACCUAACACGGUCCAUGGAGAGUACGGCCCCCCGCCGCCAGCACCUCAUGCCGAAUAUGGCGUACCACCGGCUUUCCCAGACCCCCGCCAUCCAGCUGAUUCAGCUGGCGCUUAUUCUGAAAAACGUGAUGAUACAGUUCCACCACCGCAAGCGCAGGUGUCCUCAACACCCAAUGCCCCCAACCCAUCGUCACCCGCGCCAGCCCGCGACUCUGACGAUGUGAACUUACCCCCACCGCCACCCCCAGGCCGUCGUGGAGUUUACAAUACUGUUAAACGAAAAGAUGAAGGUCAUGGUAACUUAGUAACUUUAGGUGGACGCCCGCGAUCCGUAGAAGAUUUACCAGAAAGUUUGGUUGGAAUAAGAAGAAGAAGAGAAACGUCCCCCACGCGUAUUUAUAAGCGUGACGCACAAGAAAUGACCGAUGUAAACACGAGUCGAACUAUUCAAGUCGUAGCACCGGGAGACGUCAAUUUCGCACUGAACAAUGCAGCACAAAACGAAACAGUAGUAAUUCAGUCUCCGGCAAGUGAUCCAGAAACGAUAUGUAUGUCUGUGCCGUCUUUCGUGGCGGGUCUCGUCAUGUUGUUGCUAGUGUUGGUGGUCGCGUCAUUAGUUGCCGCGUUUCUUUUCGUGCGCGUUCGUGCGCUCGAUAGGAAGGGCGCGCACGGCGCCACUGCCUAUUACGAGACAGAUUACGUGAAACAUACGAAUUAGCCGCGGCGAGUUCGCGAAUGUGUCGCGUGGACAUUCCAUAAACUCUUCUCGGAUCCAAAGAGCGUGCGUGCAUCGGCCCCGACCGGACGGCGGCCAGCUGUCGCGGUAGCGAUCGAAGCUCGAUGUCAUGUGACUUAUUUAUUUAGUUAUUUAAUACGUGUGAUGUAUAUGUUCGACUGCUUUUUUUGUAAAUUAUUUUAUUCGUGUGAAAACACUCACUGUACUGUCCUUAUAAUUAUAGUCGAUAAAUGUCUGUUGUAAUUUUGUAAAGAGUCGUAAGAUAGGUUAUAGAACAUAAGUUGUAUACCAAUAAAAGUGUCGUGUGCGAGUGAUAUGGUAUUCCUUGUCUCAAAUGAUAAAAAGCCCCAUUAUAAAGGC